AUGAGAGUGGGUGGAAAUGGUGCUCUUGAUACCUCUGUUACAAAAACAAAAAAGAAAGAAACAUACAAUUCAUAAAUUGAUCACUCUUACAAACCUAAAUAAUAGAUGACAUAAGCUAAUAUAUAGAAGAGGAAGGAUCUUGCUGCUAAAAAGAUAUUCAGAUUUUUGUACAGAAUUUAUAAAUAAAAAGAGAAAUAACAUAGAUAUAGAAAAUUUAUAAUUGAAGAGUUGAUAAAUACAGAAAGAAAUUAUGUACAUGAUUUAAGAAUUCUGAUUGUCAUAUAAAGUCAAGUUAAGCAAUGGUUAAAUAAAUAAUAAAUUGAAAUAAUAUUCAAUAAUCUCCAAUAAUUGUAUGAUUUAAAUAAUCCUUUUCUUUAAGAUUUAGAAGGAUUUCUUCCUUACAAAAGAUUUAAAUUAUUAGGUCCUAUAAUUAAAGGUUUAGCUCCAUUUUUUAAAGUUUAUUUCACAUUCUAUGAAGGUUUUAAUAAAUCUAUGGCAACGCUUAAAUAAUGUAUAAGUUAAAAAGAAGAUUUAAGAAAAUUCCUGAAAAAUAUGACAGAACAAAAGGAAUAUCAUCAUUAAGAUAUUGAGAGUUAUUUAAUUAAACCAGUCUAAAGAAUUCCAAAAUACAACUUACUUUUAGAAGACCUUAUAAAACAUACUGAAAAAGCGCAUCCAGAUUAUUAAAAUUUAUGUGACUGUUUGGAUUUAUUUAAAAAAAUUAAUGAUGACAAUAACAAAAAUAUGGAAUAAUUUCUGUCGAGUAAAUUGUUUGAUUUGGAAAAAUGGUUUGGAAGUAAACUGAAUUAAAAAUUAGUAAAUUCGAAAAGAAAAUAUAUUACCGAACUUUUAACAACCAUUUUAGAUUAAAAUAAUAGAGUUAUCAAUGUCACAGCUUUUAUUCUAAGUGAUUUAAUUAUUAUUGCAGAGAGAUAAUUGCAUUAAUAUCAAUAUGUUUAGAGUGUGUUUUUGGAUGAACAAAGUGGAUGUUUAGAUGUAGAAAAUUAAUAACAUCUUUAAAAUAUAUACAUCCUUUAAGGAAUGAACGGUUAAUCAAUUACGUUUAUAGAACAAACACCAAAUGAUAAAAUUGAAAAAAUGGCUAAAUUACUAAAGAUAAUUCAAGAAUGCAAAGAGAAAUCUAAAUAUACAUUUUAAAGAUUAGCAUCUCGCCAAGGGUCUGAGAUAAAAGUCUAAUUGAAUAAGAUCAAAGUAACAGCUUUAGGCCUUGAUGAAAGGCAAGAGAAUUUAAGUAGUUAUAAGGUAUAUAUAAUUGAAGUUGGGAUAGAUGAAGUUUUUUAAAAACUAUUCUUAAGAUUUAGUUAAUGCAUUAAGAUCUAGGAUUAUAUUAAAAAGAAAUAUCCAACAAUCCAACUACAUUUUUUAAAAUAAAGUACAACUUUAAGUCUAUUGAAUGAUUAGAAGGAAAUUGAAUCAAGGAUGAUUGCCAUACCACUUUUUGUUUCAUCACUUCUAAUGUCAGAAUUAGCAAGAUAAGAUCCUUAAAUUUUGAAAGACUUAGGUUUACCAGAGAAUUUUUAUGAGUUACCUUCUUAAGCUGAUAAAUUUAGAAAUCAAAGAAAUGGCACUCAAAAAGGGCCAGAUAGAUUUAGUUAUGUUUCUCCCACUAGAACAUUAAUUAAAACAGUUGACUAUGGGAAUGAUUAACAUUCUAUAUAGAACAAUUAAUGUAACAGAAGAUUAUUGAGUGCAUCCUCUAUGAUAAGCAGAAACAUAACGUUAGUAGAAGAAAAGAAGAAAAAAAAAGAGAAGGAUGUAAUUUAAAUACUAGUAAAUCAUGCGAUACCAAAGGAGAAGCCAUGGGAGUUCAAUAUACAGAAUAAUACAAAAGUUCUACACGUUUUAGAUUAGAUUUAAAAGAUAAUGGAAUUGCAAUAAAUCUAUGACUUUAAAUUAUACAUAUAUGACAAUAAAUCUCGUGUGAAAAUCUUGUAAAAUGACGAAAACAUAUGUGAUUUAUUUGGAGAUAGCUUUAUUUUUGCUAAAAAAAAAAAAGAACUUUGGUUCAAGAAGUUCUUAUAUUUGGAUUUGGAAUAUGAGAAAACCUUGCUAUAUUCUGAUGCUACUAGAAUGAAGCUUUUGUAUUACUAAUUAGUAAAAGAUAUCUAGAUUUCGACAUUCCCAUUCCCAACUUAAAAUUAAUAUAUUAAAUUAGCUGCCAUUCACUUAUAUUUAUAAAACUGCAAUCUCUCAUAUGAUAUCAUUCAAUAAAUUGUUCCAUCUGCAAUUUUAUAACUUAAGCAAAGAGAAUAUUGGAAUUGUGUUGUGACCCAAGAAUUUAAAGAGUUUAAGGCUAGUAUUGACAAUACAUAAUCAACAAUGGUCGAAAUAAGUGAGCCAGAAGAAAUAGCUAAGGUUAAAUCUAAAGGUAUCUUUUCAUCAUUCACUCAAUCAGUUCAAACAUAAUUUUCAUAAAUCGAAAAUAUAAAUAUUGAUUUAACAAAAGCAAUGAUUCAAUUUAUUUCGGAAUGCUUGAGGAAUGAUUUUUGCAUUUAAUAAUUAUUCCAAGUAGUGUGCAAAGAGGCAUUAUCAUAAUUUGGGGAAUAGAACUUGGUUCUUGGUGUUAGUUAUCAUGGAAUUAGACUCUAUAGUAGUUCUAAAGACAGAAUAUGGGAAAAAAUUGAACAACCCCAAUCUUUUAAUGUUUUUCCAGGGUCUAUUGAAAUUGGAUUUAAGGGAAGAAAGCUGAAAUUUGAAACAAAUUAAGGAUUCUAAAUCUAAUCUUUGUUUGAUGAAUAUUAAGCACUCAAAUCAUCGAAUUAAGAAUGA